GCAAUGAAAUUUUUCCGAUAUUGUUAGUUUCGUUUAGCAAUAUUCACUUCAGCAUAGUGAAUAUAUGUAAAGAAAGAUGUAUGACGAGGAACCACGUGCACUAUGUAAUUUGCCACUUAGUGGCACAGUCGGAAUUAUGAGUUCAUUGGUUCUAUUGUCGCAGGUUCUCGCUUUAUUUCUAGUCUGUUCGAAUAAUUUCUUCAUUUACUUUUUUGAAUUGCUCAUUGCAUUCGGUAUGGUAUUCUUCUUGUCACAAGGUGUACGGCGUAAAAAACCAUCACAUUUGACUAUUUAUAUGGCUUAUUUGGCAAUCUAUGUGUUCAUGAUGUUCUUCAUCAUAUUUGGAAUCUUGAUUGGUUUGAGCUUCUAUCCAAGCAUUAGGAGGGAAUGCGAAAAAUACUCCACAACAUCACCAUAUGCGGCAGCGACGACGGUUGAAAGCGACGUCACUGGGACUACAACUCGCGGAAAUAGAGUACCGACGUUCAAACCGUAUACACCCUGUACUCCUUUCCCCAAAGCAUUUUGGGCAGAAGUCUGGUCAUCGGUAGCACUGAGCAUUCUCAGUAUUUUUCUAUCAGCAAUACAAUUACGAUACACUUUGAUACUGUACAAAUAUAUGCGAACUCGUCAACGACAGGAACGAGCAAACCUCAAUGUCAGCUAUCAACACUACGUUCCCGGUGCUCCACCACGAUACACGCCCGAAUCUCCGUACACCAUAGAAAACGCUCCCGCCCAAGUCGAUGCGGGACCGCUCCCACCUAAACCACCCAUCGAUGGCAAUGUGUCCACCCUACAAGCUGCCUCACUGGCCAACGGACCGUCUGGUCCCCCACCAGUAGCGCAAUCCGGAAGCAAAGACACCAUGCCGGGCUCGUUUCUUCGGGUAGAAAGCCCCCCGGAGUACAGCGAAGUCCCCGGACCCUCGGAGCGUUCACUUCCUACACAGCAAACUUCUCAGCAAACUGCACCACAAACGGAUCAAAAUCGCCUUGACGAUGUGCCUCUGAACGAUGGAAGAACUCCUCGUGUUGAUCUGUUGUCAUGAACAAACUUCAACUGGGUAUAGAUGUAUGUGACUAUUUUGUUUUUGAUUCUGUCGAAAUAAAAUUUCUAUCGAUAGGA